UUAAAAGGCCUUGGAUUAACCGGCCGCUCGGUUUGCGGCAUCGUCAUGGCGGCGUACGGUGGUAGUUUUGAAAGUGCCAACAGCCUCAAUGAGAAGAAAGAGUUGAAAAGGAAGGCAAGAGAAGACAUUCUGAAGAAGGCUAAAGAGCAGCAUGAGCGGGAGGAGAGGCGCAAGGAGCUCAGGCAAGCCCGCGGGGAAGACACGUGGAUGUUGCCAGAAGUGGACAUGAGGAUCAAGCAGCAGGAGGAGGAGCAUUCCGUUAAAGGGAAAAACAACAACAACAAGAAGAAGAAGAAGGAGAAGAAGUCCAAAAAGAGUAAAAAGGAAAAGAAGAAGAAGGGUCAGGCCAAUGACUCCGGUGACAGUUCUGCAGAUUCUGAAGAUGAGUGGGUAGAGGCCUCACCUGCUCCACAGUCGGACACCACAGGGAAAUCAUGGCAGAUUCCAAAAGAGAAGCCAAGUCCAGUAGACAGCAGUCAGAGAGACGAGUGGAUGACCUUUGAUUUCUUGUCCAUGAAAACCGUGUCGACUAAAGAGCUCCGGGACGAUAAGGAGAAACAGAAGGAAGCAGAGAGGGAGCGAGCACAGGCAAUCGAGCAGGCUGGACUACAUGAGCGGGAGCUGAACCCUUUCUGGAAAGAUGGAGGGACUGGUCUUCCUACAGAGAACAGCAGUGAAUCAUGGUGUAAAAAAGUUGCAGUAGUUGAUGAUGGAGGUCUGAGUUGGCUCAAAAAGUCUUAUCAGCGCAUGAGGGAACAAGCUGAGAGAGAGAGUCGCAAUCUGGAGGAUGUAGUGGCGGAGAGAUAUGGGUCAAUGGAAAAGUUCCAGAAGAGACUAGAAGAGGCUGAAAAGGCAGCGUAUGAGCAGAGCUGGAAAGACAGGGAUGGUGGACGAAAGAGAUGGAGGAAAGAGGACCCUCAGGCUUCAGACAGUGACCACCCAUCAGACAGCAGGCUCAGCAGGGCUGAGGACAGACCUCAUCACCGAGGAGAAAGAGGGGGACAUGGGCGAUGGCACAAGGGUGACGAGGAGCUCAACAAACCGCGGGACAGACAGACAGAAGAGAGAGACACAAGUUCUACAGAACGGUCUCGGUCCCAGCGUGAGAGCCCCAGGCAGUGGGAAAGAAAGUCCUCUUCAUUUCAAAGAGCCACUGGGGUCAAGUUUCUCAAACCCUCAGAGACCGAUGAUACCCCUAGUGGAAGGUGGAAUGUAAAACCCACAAGCUCUUCUGCUUCUGCACUGACUCAGAGCUCUGUAGGGUUCCAGAAACCUAAUUAUGACGACAGUGGUUGCAGCAAUAUUCUAUCCUGGAAAAAAGAGAGCACACCUUCAGGUGCUGGAGAAGUGAAACAGACUCCCAAAACAUCAACAGCAUCAGAAAAGAUAUCUGAGCCAGCUAAGGGAGAACAGGAAGUAUCCAAACCUCAGAGACAGACCACGCAGCACAGUAAUCCUGCAGACCCAGGUAGAGAUGUAGUUAGUGAGGAACAAGGAGAGGUGCAGAUACUCAGCGAUGAAGACAUGAACAAGCUGGGAGCAAAGCUGGUCAAAGCAGAGCUGAUGGGAAACACUAAUAUGGUUAACAAGCUGAAAGCCCAACUGGAGGCAGCCCGCAAGGCAAAGGAGAGCCAGGUACAAAAGGCAUCUACUGCUUCCCUCUCAAGAAAGUCAGAGACCCAGGUUGAAGGACAAGAAGAGACAGACCAUGAGGUUGUUCUCUUCAGGACAGAUCAAUCUGGCAGAGCUUGGCCAGUCAGUGCUCCCUCACAACCCCUGGAGCCGAAAGGAGGACGGCGUAAGAAACCGAUGGUGGAAACUCAUCGAGAUGGGGAGAGGGUGCGCUACUUCCAGGACGAUGACAACAUUGAUUUGCAGGAGAUGGUGAAGAGAGAGAAGAUGGGCACUGCAGAGGACCAGAAUGCACUCUAUUCCAGAAUGGCAUCGAAGUUGAUGGGGAGGACGGAUGGAGAUUACCACACCCUGGAUGACAUGUUUGUGUCCAGCGCUGCUCAGAGGGAACGUUCUGGCCUGGAUGAGGAGAGACAGCGACAGAAGGCUGUCCAGGAGCACAGGCGUCUGGCUGGGCGCAUGGAGAAGUGCCCCUUAUGCUUCGACAGCUCAGAACUUCCUAAACAUCUCAUUGUCGCUAUUGGCACAAAGGUAUACCUGUGUCUGCCAAACUCUCAGUCUCUUGCAGACGGACACUGCUUGAUAGUGCCCUUGCAACACCACUCUGCAGCUACAGCACUGGAUGAGGACAUCUGGGAUGAGAUACAGGCAUUUCGCAAGGCCUUGGUGAAGAUGUUUGAAGACCAAGACGAAGACUGUGUGUUCUUAGAGACUCAUAUGAAUCUCAAGAAACGGCGUCACAUGGUGUACGAAUGCAUUCCUCUGCCUAGAGAACUUGGAGAUAUGGCUCCUAUCUACUUCAAGAAAGCUAUUCUGGAAUCUGAUGAAGAGUGGGCCAUGAACAAGAAGCUGGUGGACCUCUCUUCGAGGGAUAUUCGUCGGGCUGUUCCCAAAGGUCUUCCUUAUUUCUCUGUGGAUUUUGGACUUCAGAGUGGUUUUGCUCAUGUUAUUGAGAAUGAACACAAAUUCCCUCAUUAUUUUGGCAAGGAAAUCAUUGGAGGCAUGCUCGACCUAGAACCGAGACGCUGGAGAAAACCAAUCCGAGAAAAUUUUGAGGACCAGAGGAAGAAAGUUCUCCAAUUUGCUCAGAUGUGGAAGCCGUUUGACUGCACCAGGAAUGACAAUUAACAUUUCAGACCUGCAGAUAAUGAGAGAUAGUUGGCAAAUGUCUCCUUGACUCUGAUCUCACCCUUUCCAGUAACUUCAAUUCAGGAGUAACAGUAUAUAUUUACAGAUUACCUCAAUUCUAUGGUUAAAAUGCCCAGCAAAAUUCACAUAAUGAAAUAGUUCUUUCAUAAAACUACAUUGGAUGGUGAAUGUAAAAUACACAAAAACAGAACUAGAUUUGGCAGCCCAAGGAAUAUAAAAUUUUGAUGAACUACACAGUUAAAUUGACUUACAUUUUGCAAGUAGCUAAAACUACUUUACGUCCAAUGUAAAGUAAGAGUUUUUGUCAAACACAGAUGCUUUUGUAUGUUGUGCUUUUAACUUUUAAAGUUAUUGAGAGUAUUCACAUCCUCCUGAAUUUUUCUUUUGGAUAACACAGUUCCCAAGUUCUUGAGGAAACAGAACUGUAGGGAUGCUUAGAUACAUUUUUAAAAUCUAUAUGAAAGUGUCAGUUAUGUAAGAGUGGAUCUGCAAAAGUUGAUAAUGUCAUGUGAAUUUUCAUGUAUUUUAAAAAUCUUCUGUUUGUACCAAAAAAAAUAAAAUUGUAUGACUGAUAAAAG